UCCUCUGGUCGCAACUCACCGCCGGGUGGGGUCUUGUGCUGACCGAGGGCCGUCGGUUGCCAGAGUGGACAUGGCGGCCGGCCGUGCCGGGGCUGUACUGGCUGCCCUUGGUGUGCUUAGUGUCUGUGCGGCCAACAGUUCUGGGCCUGUGGCGGAGGGAGAGGCCGGCGGGGAAGCGGAGUGGGUGGAACCGUGGGACGGCGCGGUUUUCCGGCCGCCCUCGGCCCUGGGCGCGGUGGGGGUGGCGCGCAGUCCCGGGGCCCCGCAGCCGGGAAGGCAGGAGGAGACAGUGGACUUGCCGGUGCUGCUGUGGUGGAGCCCUGGCCUAUUUCCCCACUUCUCCGGCGACUCGGAGCGCAUCGAGUGCACGCGCGGCGCGUGCGUGGCGUCCCGCGACCGACGAGUGCGCGGGAACUCGCAGACGCGCGCAUUGCUCUUCUACGGCACCGACUUUCGCGCAUCUGACGCGCCGCUGCCGCGCCUGGCGCACCAGAGCUGGGCGCUCUUACACGAGGAGUCGCCCCUCAACAACUUCUUGCUGAGCCACGGCCCGGGCAUCCGCCUCUUCAAUCUUACCGCCACCUUCAGCCGCCACUCGGAUUACCCUCUGCCGCUGCAGUGGCUGCCCGGGACCUCCUACCUGCGCCGCGCGGCGCCUCCCCUCCAGGAGCGUGCGGAGUGGCGCAGACGCGGCUACGCACCGCUGCUCUAUCUGCAAUCCCAUUGCGAUGUGCCUGCGGACCGGGACCGCUACGUGCGCGAGCUCAUGCGCUACAUCCCGGUGGACUCGUACGGCAAAUGCCUGCAAAAUCGGGAGCUGCCCACUGCGCGGUUACAGGACACGGCCACGGCCACCACCGAGGAUCCAGAGCUCUUGACUUUUUUGUCCCGCUAUAAGUUCCACUUGGCCCUCGAAAAUGCCAUCUGUAACGACUACAUGACAGAAAAAUUGUGGCGCCCGAUGCACCUGGGUGCUGUUCCGGUGUACCGUGGCUCUCCGUCUGUGAGGGACUGGAUGCCGAACAACCACUCUAUCAUCCUUAUUGAUGACUUUGAGUCCCCUCAGAAGCUGGCAGAAUUUAUUGACUUUCUGGAUAAAAAUGAUGAGGAAUAUAUGAAAUACUUGUCAUACAAGCAACCCGGGGGCAUCACCAACCAGUUUCUUCUGGAUAACUUGAAGCACCGGGAGUGGGGAGUGAAUGAUCCUCUACUGCCUAACUACCUGAACGGUUUCGAGUGCUUCGUUUGUGACCAUGAACUGAGUCGGCUGGAUGCCACGAAAGCCCAUGUAGCCUCUGCUGGGGGCAUCCCUGUCCUUGAGCCCCACAUUGCCCAGCCCACUCACAUGGACUGCCCAAUGCCCAAACCUGGCUUUGGUAAAGUGGAAGAGAUUCCCGAGAAUGACAGCUGGAAGGAGAUGUGGCUACAGGAUUAUUGGCAAGGUCUGGACCAGGGAGAAGCUCUCACUGCCAUGAUCCACAACAAUGAAACACAGAAAAGUAAAUUUUGGGAUUACCUACAUGAGAUCUUCAUGAAAAGAAACCAAAAUCUCUAACUGCCCUUGUAAGAGCUUUUUACUUGGAAGACCUAAGAAGAUCUUAUUUUAUCAUGGUACACUUUCUUUCCUUUUCUUUCUUU